AUGCACAUGCACAUGCACAUGCACACACACACACACACACACACACACACACACACACACCACACACACACACACACACACACACACACACACACACACAGCACACACGCACACACAAAUAUAACACAUUCACACAGUUUUAUAAGCACACAAGAAAAAAAAAACACAUCUUUCGCCAUAUGUAACAAUACAUUUUUUGAGCUGCCGAUACACAUCAGAAUAUCCUAUAUUCAGCUGACAAACAUUACUCAAAUCGCCUUACUCGUUCAAUCAGUCACAGCCUUGAUACAUGGAUACAUAGACCAGAAGCAAGCAAAUAAUCAACAACUAUGCAUAAAACAUAAUACAUCAGAACAAUUUAUGUACAAAAUUGUGCUAUAUUUUCAAUAA